GAAUCGCUUUAAGACGAGAUAUUUUCCCCGUAGUGGAACAAUGCAAUUUUUUAGCAAUAUUGCGUUCGCGCUGGCGCUCACUUCUCUCUUAUUUAUGCCAAUAAAUGGGCAGGACAUGGCAGACUGGGUCACAGAGGAUACCAAGUAUACAACAGUAGGUUUAAUUAAACAUGUAGCCUAUACCAAGCCGGAAACUCUUACCGAUAAUUAUAUUGUCACCCUAAUUAAGUUGAACUGGUAUGCGGCUUAUGCAUUUUGUGAGCAAAAUAACUGGAGUCUGAUCCAGAUUGAAACGGCAAAGGAUCAAUUUGAAGUGCAAAAUUAUCUCAACUUUUUUAAUCUUCAAGCUAACGACUUCUGGACAGCCGGCAACAAUUUAGCAGAUCUGCGGAACUUUCGUUGGGACUAUGAUGGAUCCCAAUUUAGGUACAUGAAUUGGGCAUUUGGUCAACCUGAGGGCAGGGGACAUUGUGUUAAAUUGAUCGAAAAUUCUUUGCAAUGGGGCGAUGAUUAUUGCGAGAAUAGUUAUCAUUUCAUAUGCCAAAGGUUUUCUCAUAAUAAUACUUAGGCAACAUAGGGAUAUGUGGAUACAUAGGAAAUCACCUGUAGUGUUUGUGGAAAACUUUCAAAUAAAGUUUAUAAUCAAGUUUUAAUAACGUCGUCCUACA